AACAGCUACAGACCCGGAUGGAACCUCCACACAGGGAGCGGGUCUCAGUGUAGCAGAUGGCUGCAGAGCUGAGCCUCAGUCCGGCUCCCAGCUCUCUCCUGAUGGCUUCUCCGCAGAAAAUCCGCGACACAUUUUGUCAGCAGCCACCGAGCAUGGGUCCCUUUGGUAAUAGAAUAGCCAAUGUAAUUUGACACUUCAACUUACUGCGCUCUCUCCGAGCCUAUUCAGUUACUCACCCACUGACGUUGAGCCCAUUCUCAGUGGCCGUGAGGGGGGAAGAUAUUUAAAAACAAGAGCCGAAAAUUACCGAGGACUUUCUCCGCUUUGUAACCGGGAGCAGAAGACGUGAGGCGCUGAAGUGUUUCUCCUCCUGUCGUGUGAAUGGGCGGGGGGGUCCUGCGUGGUGGAGAAUCAAGGAUUGAAGUCAACACAGAACGCUUCAGUUUAAUGGCUGGCAGGUAGAGGCCGAAGAGGGACAAUCAACAUGAACUCGAUUCCGUCAAUGGACAGACACAUACAGCAGACAAAUGAUCGUCUGCUGUGCAUCAAACAGCACUUACAAAAUCCAGCAAAUUUCCACACAGCAGCAACCGAGUUGCUGGACUGGUGUGGUGACCCCCGAGCCUUCCAGCGCCCCUUUGAGCAAAGCCUGAUGGGAUGCCUAACGGUGGUCAGCCGUGUAGCAGCACAGCAAGGCUACGACUUGGACCUAGGCUACCGGCUCCUGGCCGUGUGCGCUGCCAACAGGGACAAGUUCACUCCAAAAUCAGCAGAAACCAACUGCUGCAGGAGGUGUCAGUCUGACUCAGCUCUUCUGUCCUCGUGGUGUGAGGAACUUGGACGCCUCCUCCUCCUCCGUCACCAGAAGAGCAGGCAGAACGAGCCUCCGGGAAAAGUGCCCAUGCAGCCCCCCAUGAGUUCCAUGAAGCCCGGCCUCUCACACGGCAGAGAUGGGUCUUUUCCAUACGACUCAGUUCCCUGGCAACAGACCACCAAUCAGCCUCCAGGUUCGUUGUCGGUGGUUACUACUGUGUGGGGCGUGACCAACACGUCGCAAAGCCAGGUGUUGGGGAACCCCAUGGUGAACAACAACAACAUGAACCCGGGCGGCAACCCAAUGGGCUCGGGUAUGUCAGGGAACAAUCCCGGGAUGAACUCCCAGCAGUUCUCCGGUCCUCAGCAGCAGUUCCCCAACAAGGGCAACUCCAACCAGGGCUACAUGCAGCAGGGCAUGUAUGGACGACCGAACUACCCUGGAGGAGGAAACUUUGGUGGCAAUUACCCUGGAGGGCCUAACGCUGGACCCGGAGGAAUGGGCAUGCCUCCACACUCUCGUCCUCCGUCAGACUUCACCCAGCCUGCCGCCGCUGCCGCCGCCGCUGCAGUUGCUGCCGCUGCUGCCACGGCAACCGCCACUGCAACAGCGACAGUAGCUGCAAUGCAGGAAACCCAGAACAAGGACAUGAACCAAUACGGACCGAUGAGUUCCUCUUUCCAGAUGGGACCAAACCAGGCGUACAACAGCCAGUUCAUGAACCAGCAAGGACCCCGCGGCCCUCCGACCAUUCCUGGGAACAUGGGCAGUGGCAUGAACGCAUCCAACAUGAGCGGGCCCCCCAUGGGAAUGAACCAGCCAAGGGGCCAAGGCAUGGGGCCUUUUGGUGCUCACGGCCAAAGGCUGCCCCAGCAAGGCUAUGCGGGCCCCCGGCCGCAGGGCAUGAGUAUGCAGGGCAUGAAAAGGCCGUACCCAGGGGAGCCAAACUAUGGUGGGCAGCAGUAUGGACCAAACAGCCAGUUCCCUACUCAGCAGGGACCAUACCCCACACCCAACCCCUCGAGGCCGAUGUCAUCCCCCACUUACCCCGGCCAGAGGAUGCCAGGACAGCAGCUGCAGGGUCAAUACCCGCCCCCCAGUGGUGCCAUGGGCCAAUACUAUAAGCAAGAGCCACCUUUUAAUGGCCAAACAAAUAACUUCUCUGGGAGUGGAUAUCAGUACAGCCAGGGUAACAUGAAUGGGCCUCCCAGACCGGUGGGUAACUACCCUCACUCCCCAGUGCCAGGCAACCCCACCCCUCCAAUGACCCCAGGAAGCAACAUCCCUCCAUACCUGUCGCCAAACCAGGACGUGAAGCCACCCUUCCCUCCGGACAUCAAACCAAAUAUCAAUGCUCUCCCUCCCCCUCCAGCCAACCAGGAGGAGCUGCGGCUGACGUUCCCUGUGCGAGACGGGGUAGUCUUAGAGCCCUUCAGGCUAGAGCACAACCUGGCUGUCAGCAACCACGUCUUCCACCUACGGCCCUCGGUACACCAGACGCUCAUGUGGAGAUCGGACCUGGAGCUGCAGUUUAAAUGCUACCACCACGAAGACCGUCAGAUGAAUACCAACUGGCCGGCAUCGGUCCAAGUCAGCGUAAAUGCCACGCCGCUCACAAUCGAACGGGGCGACAAUAAGACCUCCCACAAACCCCUGCACUUGAAACACGUAUGCCAACCAGGAAGGAACACGAUCCAGAUCACAGUCACUGCCUGCUGCUGUGAACAAUUGUGUUUUCUCUUGCAGUCGCACUUGUUCGUGCUGCAGCUUGUGCACAGGCCAUCAGUCCGCUCUGUCCUCCAGGGCUUACUGAAGAAGAGGCUCCUGCCUGCAGAGCACUGCAUCACCAAAGUUAAGAGGAACUUCAGCAGCGUAGCAGCAUCAUCGGGGAACACAACGCUCAGCGGAGAGGACGGCAUAGAGCAAACAGCUAUUAAAGUUUCCCUCAAAUGUCCAAUCACCUUUCGGCGAAUACAGCUUCCAGCAAGAGGACAUGACUGCAAACACGUUCAGUGUUUUGAUUUGGAAUCAUAUUUACAACUGAACUGUGAGCGGGGUACAUGGCGGUGUCCUGUAUGCAAUAAAACAGCGUUGUUAGAGGGACUGGAAGUGGACCAGUAUAUGUGGGGAAUCCUAAAUGCGAUUCAAAACUCGGAGUUUGAGGAGGUGACCAUCGACCCGACAUGUAGUUGGCGGCCUGUGGCAAUUAAAUCUGAUAUCCACAUCAAGGAGGAUCCAGAUGGACCGCUGGCCAAAAGAUUUAAGACUAUGAGCCCCAGCCAAAUGAUCAUGCCCAAUGUGAUGGAGAUGAUAGCUCAGCUCGGCCCGGGACCGACACCGUACCCGUUAUUAUCUUCCCAGCAAGGCGGCAACAACAGUGAAUAUGGCAGCCAAGGCAACAGUUACCAUGGGAACUUUGACUUCCCCCAUGGCGCCCCUGGUGGUACAUCGAUGAAUGACUUCAUGCACGGUCCCCAGCUGUCACACCCACCUGACAUGCCCAACAGCCUGAUGAGCCAGGACAAGCUCUCACACAACAUGCCUGACUCAAUACCUCACUCUGCAGGCAAUGACCAAUCACAUGGUCCUCUGCAGAGCUUACAUGCAUCUCCACAUCCUGGGAGCCAAUCAGGGCAGCAGCUACACCACAGCGGGCCUCCUCAGCCGUCACGACAAGCCCCGCCUCCUCAGCAACAUCAGCAACAUCAGCAGCAUCAGCAACAUCAGCAACAACAACCGCCCGGCCCCAACAACCACCCCCACGGCGACCUGUCCUUUAACCCCUCGAGUAGUUUGGACAGCCAAGGAGUGUCGGACAUGCCCGAGCCUUCUUUAGACCUUCUUCCAGAGCUUGCAAACCCAGACGAGCUGUUGUCGUACCUGGACCCCCCCGACCUUCCCAGCAAUAGCAACGAUGACCUUCUAUCGCUCUUUGAAAACAACUGAGGCAAAUCAGACACAAACUUUUCUGACUGCCUGCAGUUUCCCCAAGAACCCCGGGCGGUUGCUCAGUACUUGAUAAACACAAAGAUGCACUCCCUUUCUCUUCUUCCUCUUGUACAGUUUUCAUUGGCCAGCACAGAUUGACUGAAAGAGGUUCAAACUCCAAGAAACAGUGGGAUGUUGGGGGGGGGGGGGUCCUCUCACACCGUGGCGAUACUUUUGAACUGUGCAGCUAUACUCAGUUGAUUUUUUUUACGCCACACACAGGUGUAUGUGAACACAUUAGGAACGUGUUGUAGCAUUUUUUAUCCAUGUUUUGUGUCCUUUUGAGAAGAAAAGGAAUUCACUGUAUAAAACAGAAUAAUAACUGAAAAAAACCUGCGCUAUCUGGCCAGUGUGCGCUAUAUUCAUUUUGUUAUUCCAAACUGAGAGGCCACAGCUUCCUGGUGUCACAGCUUCAUUCCCCUGACUGGUCUGGUUAGCUGCACUGUUUUGUCCACCACACAUCAUUUAAAAGCACAAGAGAUUUUAGCAAUGCAAAAAGAAAAAUCUGUCUUUAAAAAAAGAGAUUACUAAGAUCAGCGUAUGUCUGUCCUUGUUUUCUAAAUAUUUUGGUCAAUGUUUUAAAAGGAUUUUUGGGAAUGAUUGGCUUUGUUUACAAUUGUGAUACAUACAUAUUUUUGUCAAAAAUAGAUUAUACCCCUGCUUUUCAGUCCCCAAAGGGAUGACAGCUGGAAGAUUUUGGGCCCCACUAAAACAGAAACAAAGUUUAUAUUGCAUACCAAGAAUACCUGUUCUUCUACAUAUUGUAUAGUUAUUGUCCUCCUGUGCAGAGGAGUGAUUUUAAUGGAAAUAAAAGAAGGAUCGGGGUUCCUGUAAAGAUUCUGCUGCAUUUAUUGCUUCCUGCUUUGACUCCUUCCAUGCCGCCUGCUCCGCAUGAGCCCUGGUGUUGCUCUUGUCAGCAUUUUUGCAACGUUGCAUAUCUCUCCCUGUUAAAUGAUGUGCUGUUAAAGUAGUCUACAAAGUGCAUGUGUGCCAAGCCCUUGUCUAGUGAUGUUCCAAGUGGUUAAAAAAAAAAGAUAGUGUGGUUUUUAUCAGUUGCUGUUUUCAUGGCUCUUUUUGUUUGUACAUUUGUUUUUGAUUUCUGUCAGAUUUAGUAUGAUUUAUUUAACACUAACAUUGAAGGGAUAAUGCUGAUAUCAGUGAUACAUUUCUCAUGUAUUUGCUGGAUAUAAUGUAUUAUGUUUGUUUAUUUUCUUGUUUUUGUUGCUGCAAAAUUAAACUAUAUCCAUAAAUCGUUUGGGAUACUGCUCAAAAUCACCAAAGUUAGAGGGAUGAGGAUAAGGAGGUUUGUGUUUGCUUGGUCCUGUGUAAGACUGCGAGUGUGUGCAUGUGUGAAUGUGAGACUGUGUGAGUGUGUUUUUAUUGGUGUGAUGGGAAGAAAUAUUGAUUUCAAAGAUAUAGGGGAGGAAAAAAAACAGUUUAUCCAUCAAUGCUGUUCAAGAAGUGGUUUUUAAAGCAGUAUUGGUGCAGACCUUUUGCCACGUUUGUUUUCCAAUUCACUUUUGGAGAAGAGUGCUGUUCAGUAUGCAAAUGUAUUAUUUUUUAAGAAAAGCUAUUGUACUGUAAAUAUCAUUGUGAAUAUUUUUGUAUCAUCUUAAUAAUGUUUGUCCUUUGAUCAUUAGUCGUCCGACCUAACAACGUAUGCUCCCAGACUCCCACCUAACCACUGACUUUGUUUGUAACCAGCGUACGACAGCUCUCUCGCCUCCUCGUUGUAAGGAAGCCAGUCCAAAUGUCUCAUAAGCUAUUUCCUGCAGGUCGCCGUGCUUUCUCGUCACUUUCCUCCCAGUGCACUCUGUCUCACGCCUGUCGUUUACAGACAGGUGUCCAAUUUUUAUGUGUCCCGUCUUCCCUGCAUCAGCUCACGGUGAUUGUGUAGCAUCAUUUCAGUUUUCAGAUGUCAAGCUUGCAAUAUUUUCUUUCAUGCUAAGAUGUAUUUGAUUGAAAAGUUUGUGCACUCAUGAAUUUAUCUUAACAUUUUAUCAGUGAUACAAAACGGUAAUGGUUUUUAAAAAAACUUGGUAUCAGCUGGCUUUCAGUGUAAUUAGUGGGCUAUGUGAAUAUCAUAAUUGUUGCUAAUUGUCAAUACACAGUGGUAUUUUAAAGUUAUAUCACAACCAUAUUUGAAAGAAAUCCACAAUAUUGUUUAUAUUUUUGUUAAAGAAAAUGUUGCUUUUUUAAAAGGCACGAGACCAUAUACAUUUUUAUCCCCUUAUUUUGUUUUUUGGUAAAUUAUUUUGUAUUGGUUUUUCCUAUUGAUCUGUAAGGCUAAAAAUCCAAUUUCUUUGAACUGUAGCGUUGUGCUGAUUUAACCACCCUGGUUUAAUGUAAAGAAUAUUUUAAAUGUCAUUUAUAAAAUAUUAUUUGUACCAGUUCAGCACACUGGCAUGUUGUUUCAUAUUUAUGUCAAAAAGAGACAUCAAAUAAUCUCCCUUGAAGUUAUACACAGCCCCAUUUUCAUCUUUUUUUAUCUGAAUAGAAACUUUUUGUUCAGUCUCCGUGAAAGUUUUCAUCAUUUCACAUUUUGUUCUCACUUCCAAGUGAGCUUAUUUGGUCUAUGAGGCAGCACCCCAAAUCUGUUGAUGCACAAUCACAAUAAAAGGGCCAUUUCACUUGGGGAAGUUGUUUUUAAAAAAUUUAAAUGAAUUAAAAAAUACAGAGAGGAAGGGCACGUUCAUCGUUCUGGCCUGGAAAGGAUGUUGAGGGCAAGGCUAGAUGAAAUGUCCCAAGGAUGCCUGUAUAUAUGUAAAUGAUUAUAGAGACGUUGAACAGAAAUGUAUUCAUUUUCCCUGGGAAUGUGCAUUGUUUCUACAGAAUAAUAAAAAGCUUGCAACCCCUCUACUGGAAGUGGCUAAAUAUGGAAAAUGAAACUUGUUGGUUAGUGUCUGUGGGCAUCUUUCAGCAUUUUGUUCUCUCUCUGUAAUAUACUUUCACCUAUUUUGUCAGGGGAACUGGGACAGCUAUGUUUUAUAUGUAAUAUUUAGCCUAAGUGUUUUAGUCUGUCACCUGCAUACGCUGAGGUGCUAAAGCUAAAAAAAGGAAGUAAAAACAAGGUUACAAGAACAUUCUUUCGCUUGGGUGGAAGGAAAGUGGUGGGAGGGACGGGUCCAAAAGAUUGUAACCAAAUCCAUAGUUUGUACAAUUUUUUGAUAUCAUGAGCAGUUGGAAAAAUGACACAAUCUAAGGUUAUUCAUGCAAUGUGGCCAUUGUCUCUAUUGUGUACAUUGUAUGUACAAUCAUUUCAUAUUCUAAACUGGUCAGAAAAUAAAGGAACUAAUUGUGAUUUUUAGUCUUGCAGAACUGUAUGUAGUUAGAUGAUGUGACAACCUAAUAUUUAUCUAAUAAAUACGUAUUCAGAUGAUACCUGUACGUCA